UUAGUCAUUGCAUCUUUAGAAGAGAAUGUGCACAAUAGAGUAAUUAAAUUAAAUGAGCCCUCAGAGAAAGACAAUCAUAUUGCUACCCAGAAAUGAUAUGAAAAAUUUGGAAUAAUUCAAUCUCACCAACAGAUGGGAUUUACUUAUAAAAUUUAUGGGAAUUAAUUUUAUUUCUCAUCCUGUGACUUAUUAGGGAAAUUGACUUUUGUGUAGUGGUUAAAGUACAUAAAAUACAUGGAGUAACUUAAAGUUGAAGUGUAUUUGUUCCGUUAAGUAAUUAAUCAAGGAAUGAUAAAGGAGUAUGAUGUUGUUGUGAUCUAAAAUGAUGAAGAAGCAGCGGUCAAGUGGUGGGAAUUUUUUAUCCAAUACUCUUCGAAGAAUCAGUGUCACAGGUACUAAGAUUACAAGGCUACAGAAUGAGAAGCCGGUCAUAUCAUCCCCAUCUAACUUUGAACAUACCAUCCAUGUUGGAUUCGAUGCUCAUACGGGGGAGUUCACGGGUAUGCCAGAAUCCUGGGCUAAACUACUGUCUCAAUCAAACAUCUCUAAAUCAGAACAAAAGAAGAAUCCUCAGGCCGUGUUAGAUGUACUCAAAUAUUAUGACACAUCCACCAAAGAAAAAGAUAUACAAAAACCUAAAUAUAUGACCAACAUUAAACCUCCUAGUGCAGAAUCAAGAGGGCCAACCCUAUCAGACAAAUUUAACUCAAAUGUUAUGAUUUCACAGCAACCAGCACCAACAGCAAAGCCAGAAAACUCAACAGGGGCCUCGACUCCCGAGGACGACGACGAUGAGGAAGCACCACCACCCAUAGCAACACGGCCUGAUAAAACGAAAUCAAUUUAUACAAAACCUGUGGAAAGUGAAGAGAAAACAAACGGGGCUAUCUCAAAAAAUGAUAAACCAAAGAAAAAGAAAAUGACAGAUGAAGAAAUAAUAGAAAAAUUACGAACAAUAGUGACAAUCGGAGACCCCAAUAGGAAAUAUACUAAAAUGGAAAAAAUUGGCCAAGGAGCCUCAGGAACUGUAUUCAUUGCUAUGGAAGUGGCCACAGGUCGUGAAGUGGCUAUAAAGACAAUGAACUUAUCUCAACAACCUAAAAAGGAACUUAUAAUUAAUGAAAUUCUAGUGAUGCGGGAAAAUCAAAAUCCUAAUAUUGUGAAUUACCUGGAUUCUUAUUUACUAAAUAACGUAGGGGGUGAGGAAUUGUGGGUUGUUAUGGAGUAUUUAGCUGGUGGGUCUUUAACAGAUGUAGUCACUGAAACUUGUAUGGAUGAGGGUCAGAUAGCUGCUGUUAUAAGAGAGUGUUUACAUGCAUUAGAAUUUCUUCAUGAGAACCAGGUGAUCCACAGAGAUAUAAAAAGUGAUAAUAUACUGUUAGGCAUGGAUGGUAGUGUCAAAUUAACUGAUUUUGGUUUUUGUGCUCAAUUGUCUCCUGAACAAAAUAAACGAUCAACUAUGGUAGGAACACCUUAUUGGAUGGCCCCUGAAGUUGUCACAAGAAAACAGUAUGGUCCUAAAGUAGAUGUCUGGAGUUUAGGGAUCAUGGCCAUAGAAAUGAUAGAAGGAGAACCUCCCUAUUUAAAUGAAAAUCCUCUUAGAGCUUUGUAUUUAAUUGCCACUAAUGGUAAACCAGAUAUAAAAGAAAAACAUAAAUUAUCUCCUGUGUUCCAAGACUUCUUAGAUAAAUGUCUGGAGGUGGAUGUAGACAAACGUUGUUGUGCCUCAGAUCUCUUAAAGCAUCCCUUUUUACGACUAGCAAAACCAUUAGCCAAUUUACAACCUUUAAUAUUAGCUGCUAAAGAAGCUCAAAAGGGGCAUUAACACAUAUUUUAUAUAUUAAGAUUGGUCAAUCCGAUAUGAAUUGCAAUUAGAACAAUCAAGAAAUUUAGUCAGUAAUUUGGUAAAUAUACCAAAAGACUGAAUGGACAUCAGACAUGGAAAUGAGAAACUGCUUUACAUUUUGAUUUUAAGGACAAAAGUCGAAAUAUUUUAUAAAUUUAGAAUACUACCAAUAAUCAGUUUGAACAUACUGGUAAUCACAGAUGAAUUUGAAGACAGGAAGGAAGAUGUUAAAUGGUAAUUCUGGUCAAAGGUUCUUAUUGUGGUACUAUAAAUGUAUUGCUAUUAUUUCUGUCUACUUGGUUUAAUAUACAGAUUAUUUAUACUUUUGUUUUAUAUGUCACAUUUUUAUUUACAAUACACAAAUUAAGUGUCCAUGGACAAAAUAAAUUGAUCAUUAUAAAACUUCUUUGAUCCAUUAUAUUUUUAACCUUAUUUUUGCUAGUAUAAAAAAAGAACAAUUAAGUGAAACAACCUUGCUAGUUUUCUGAGUCUGUUAUUUUCUCUUUUUAUUAUAGGGUAUGCAACAUGUUUGAUUUGUCAUCAGUUUUCUAAGAUUGUAUAUGUAUUUUCUAUGCAUAGUAAUGAAGACUUAAUACAUUUUUAAUUGCAAUGUGAACUUCAUUUUAAAAAUAGAUUAGUUAUUAAAUAAACACGUUAUUUUAUGCUGAAUACUCUAUUUAGUUUAACAAGAGAUGAAAGAUCUUCAAAAUGAUCACUUGAAUUUCAAUCUAGUGCUUAAAGUGUUGGUGCUAUUAUAAAAUGUCAAAAAGGAGUACACGUGCCUGGAUGUAACAAAUAUUGAAUACAUUACACCUUAUGUUUACAUGUGAUACAAUGUCUCGUUAUGUUUCUAUCAAGUUUACUUCGGGUUUAUGAUUGUAAAUGUAUUGUAAGACCAGUUUCUUUUGUCUGAAUGCAAGGGUAAUAGUAAAAUUUCUUAUUUGUUCAUAUUUAAUGAACUUGUCUUGUUAGAUUACUGUCUCAUUGAUGUUUUUUCCCACAUCUUUUUUCAUACAUUUCAAUAAAGUCAAAUUUUAUUUUGGUAAAUUCCUCACUGUCACACUGGCUUCCGGUCUUCAAUCGUUCCAUGUAAUUAAACUUGAAUAAGAUAAAAGAAAUUUUCUCUGAAUUCCAUGUUUACAGAAUGGAAUAAAUAUUUAAAACCUUCAUCUUGACUUUUCUCAAAGUACUUCAAUGAAAUAUAUGUGUUGUCAAGUUUUCACUGAAAUGUGGUUUUAACAGUCAAAGGGAGACAAAUGAUUAUUAAAAUGAAAUUUAUAAAUCCUUUAUGUUCUAUCCAAAUUCAUAUUAUUUUUAAUUUAGGAAAUUCUUAUCUGUAGAUUAUUUAAACAAAAUAUGUUUUGACAAUUGAAAUGAAUGACAUCAAAAACAAAAUUAUCUUUGAGACCAGUCCAACGUUACACACUAAUCCCACUCUUUGUAGAUGUUACCUGUCAUUCUUCCAUCUACAUAUUAAUGUACUUUAUAAAUCAGGCUGAUCUAGGACUAAUAAGGUGUAUACAAUAUUGUCAGACCAAAAGUAUAAUUUCUUCAUAUGUAGUUAUAUCUUACACCGUGUGUUGAUGUUGUAACACUUGCACUCAUUUCCACUAAUCUGAAUUUUUGUUCUGCAAUAAAGAUGAGUGUUCUUAUCAGGAUGAACAAAUUCAUAAAUAAAUAUUCAUGUUUAACAGUAUUUAGAUGCAUACCAAUAACUCUGCUCACACAUUUCAUUAAGUUCCAUAUCAGUAAAAGUGUUGUUACUGACUGAAAAACUGUACAUUUUAUAUGUGUAUGUUUGACAGUAUUUUAUGUCUGGUUGUCAAGGUUUUAUAAGUUAAACAGAUCUUACAUGUUCAUAUUGAGUUGUCAUGGUUUUAUAAGGUUUAACAGAUCUUACAUGUUCAUAUUGAGUUGUCAUGGUUUUAUAAGGUUUAACAGAUCUUACAUGUUCAUAUUGAAUCAUGUGUUUGUACAGAUCUUCCAUUUAAUAAUUAUGCAAGUACAUUAUGCUUUAUUAUUUCAUUUUCAUCAGUUUCAUAUUUCAUGGUUUGUCUGUAGAACAACAUCAUUGUGCUUGUAUUACAUUUUAUUACACUGUAUUACAUUGUAUUACAUUUUAUUACACUGUAUUACAUUUAUCAUUCUUGUAUUACAUUUUAUUACAUUGUAUUACGUUGUACUACAUUGUAUUACAUUGAUUAUUCUUGUAUUACAUUGAUCAGUACACUGUAUUACAUUGUAUUAUGUUGUAUUACAUUGAUUAUUACACUGUAUUACAUUGAUUAUUCUUGUAUUACAUUGAUUAUUACACUGUAUUACAUUGUAUUACAUUGAUCAUUUCAUGGUAUUACCUUAUAAUAUUACAUUGAUUAUAUUACACAAAAUAUUGCACAAUGUUGAAUGCAAAUAAGUGGCUUAAUGUGACAGUCUGAUAAUAGUGUUUUGAUGUAGUGCUAUGGUGUAUUUGAGCCUUGCAGAAGAUGAAAAACCUAGUGAUCUGUAUCAUUCAAGUGCAAACAAAAAUGUCAAAUUCUGUCCAAUAUAAAUAAUCUUUUUUGAAGGUUGUUGGAGAAAGAGUAUAUAAUACAUAUGUAUUUUACAAGUCUUAAUAUAAGAAUACUUCAUUACAGGAUAUUACCCUGUGUAAACUAUUAUUUCUUAUUGACAUAAGAACAAUUCUAUGUUCUUUCCUAUAAUUGGCCUAUAAAUAAAAAGUUUGUGUCGAGCAGUUUAUAGCAUUAAUAAUAAAGAUUAUAAUGCUUACCUACAAUAUAUCAAUUCAAAGAUCGUUCUGUCUCAUCUGUGCCUAUAUAUUUUAAACAAAAACUUAUCACUUGAUACUGAACAAAUAUUUCAAUUGUAAGAAUCAUGGUAUGCAAUAUAUUGAAAUAAAUUAGAACUACUGUCAAACAAAUAUGGUAUUGAUAAAUGAAAUGUAAUUUCUAAUUAAAAUAAAUAUUUGGCAUGAGACCACUUAUAUUUUGAAAAGAUAAGAAAAAAAUCAGGCAUAACUUAAGGUGGUACCCAACACUUUCACUAAAAUUAAUUUGGCUUGUUUAAUUUUCAUAAAAUUUUGACAGUAUUUUCUUUGACCCUUUGGCAAAAAUAUAAAAAAUUCAAAAUAUUUGAACCAACAAAUUGAUCUGAAAAAUUACACUGGUAAUAUAGCAGUUUGACAAAGACUAAUUUUGAUCAUUAAGAAGCGCAAGAUUCCCUUUAACAACACAACGUAAUUAAAACGUUAAGCUGAUUUUACAGAGUUAUCUCCCUGUAGUGUUAGGUACCACCUUAAGCUGCAAAAGUAAAAAAAAUUAACUGCUGACACCCAAGGAUAUUCCUCAACUGGCCAAGUCUUUUUAGAGACAUAAGUUUUUUACGCUAGCACUAGACUCCAAUGAAGUUAUGUUUUGAGCAAUGUGAUGUAUGAGUACUUUUUCACCUUUUUCACUGAGUAGUAAUUUGUUAUUUAAACAUUCUAUAUAAUAUACUAUAGUGUAAUGACUACUGUUCAUGUAUUUCAAACUUUAUUUCCAACUUGAACCGAUGUCUUGCUCAUAUGUUCUAAUAGGUAGCAGGAUAAAAAUAUAGUACCCCAGACACAUUUUUUGUCAAAAUCAGAAUCAUCAGUGACGCUCAUAUCAAAAUAUAUAUAAAACCAAAAAAGUUCAAAAUAAAAAAGUAAUUAUAAGAGUCUACAAUUUUAAAACCAAAGUUUGGAAUAAAUAUGGCAUGAUACAGUCAUGGCCACUGUUACAAACAAAUGAGGUGGUAAAUAAAUAAAAGCUAAAUCAUCCACACUCUCAAAGACCCUGUAUACAAACUAAACUCACUUCUUUUACCAUAAACAAAUCAAUUUGGAAGUACAUUUUAAGUUUGAAAUAAGAAUUUAAAUAUGUAUGAACAUGUCAUUAUUUUUAAAUUAAGAACAAAGACAGCUAAGGACAUUUGCUAUUGUAUUGGCUGAGUAUGUAACAAAAGAUUCUUUGGUGUAUACAUGUUUGAUAGCUUUAUAACAAGCUACAAUAACUGUGUGAAGAAUUUAACCAUUUUAUUAUUGAAGUAUGCAAAUGUUUGUUUGUUAGCCAAGUAAGAUGUAUAUGUUGGUUACACUUUAAAAGUGUAUCUAGGUUACAUGUAGUAGCUUUAACUGUUUUUAUAUAAUGAGUAAUGAAUAAAAAUAUUGACAUCUAA